GUCCCUGGGGUACUCGAGGCUUAGCGCCACGGUUUUCCCAGGUAGGGCGCCGUCCUCCGAGACCCUAGAACUCAGGUCAGGGCGCGGCGCCCAGGGCCACCGUGGGCUUUCGCAGGGUCUACUGAGAGACCCUAGGGGUGUCUGGGGGUGUCGCUGAAGAAGGAGGAAGGGACGGAGCCUGGAAGGAGGCGGGUUCAGAGUGCUGAUCGCGGGCUUCUCUGGCCACGGCUCAGCGGCCGGGGAGUACCUCCUUCUGUUGCCAUCCACCCCACUUCCUUGCCUGGCCCCAUCCUCUGCACGCCUGGCCCCCCGCCCCUGCCGUCAUCACGCUCCCGGUGGCUUCUCCCAGCUUGGUACUUUCCUGCAGAGCCAUCCUUCUGGACAAACUUUGAUGGGGAAUUUCACACCGAGCUGGAAAAAUGCCGGUUAUGAAAGGAUUACUGGCUCCUCAGAACACCUUCCUGGACACCAUCGCCACCCGUUUCGACGGAACACAUAGCAACUUCAUCCUGGCCAAUGCCCAAGUUGCAAAGGGGUUCCCCAUAGUCUACUGUUCCGAUGGCUUCUGUGAGCUGGCUGGGUUUGCACGAACUGAAGUCAUGCAGAAGAGCUGCAGUUGCAAGUUUUUGUUUGGUGUGGAGACCAACGAGCAACUGAUGCUUCAGAUAGAAAAAUCCUUGGAGGAGAAGAUAGAGUUCAAAGGAGAAAUUAUGUUCUACAAGAAGAACGGUAAGUCGCCUUGCUUUGGCACAUGCUGGAGAGGAGCAGCCUUUCUCAGCCUGCGCAUCACUGCUCCCAGGUUGGGAACUGCUGACUUAGAACCAGGAAGCAGAUUCCCACAUAGCUUCAAAAGUGCAAGGUGCCCUGCAGACUUCUGCAUGACUCCCUACAGAGCCAAAGGAAGAUCAAGAGCGGGGACCCACUUUGACUCAGCCCGGAGACGAAGUCGAGCCGUCCUGUAUCACAUUUCAGGACACCUGCAAAGAAGAGAAAAGAACAAAUUGAAAAUAAAUAAUAAUGUGUUUGUAGAUAAACCAGCAUUUCCAGAAUACAAGGUUUCUGAUGCAAAAAAAUCCAAGUUCAUCCUGUUGCAUUUCAGCACUUUCAAAGCUGGCUGGGACUGGCUCAUUCUGCUGGCAACAUUUUAUGUAGCUGUGACAGUACCUUACAACGUGUGCUUCAUUGGCAAUGAGGACCUGUCCACAACUCGGAGCACAACAGUCAGUGACAUUGCAGUGGAGAUUCUUUUCAUUAUAGAUAUUAUUCUAAAUUUCCGAACAACUUAUGUCAGCAAGUCUGGCCAAGUUAUCUUUGAAGCCAGAUCUAUUUGCAUCCACUACGUCACGACUUGGUUCAUCAUUGAUUUGAUUGCUGCCCUGCCCUUUGACCUCCUAUAUGCUUUCAAUGUCACAGUGGUGUCCCUUGUGCAUCUCCUGAAGACUGUCCGGCUGCUGCGUCUUUUGCGCCUCCUGCAGAAACUGGACCGUUAUUCUCAGCACAGCACAAUCGUCCUCACCCUGCUCAUGUCCAUGUUUGCUCUCCUUGCACACUGGAUGGCAUGUAUCUGGUAUGUCAUUGGAAAAAUGGAGAGGGAGGACAACAGCCUUCUCAAGUGGGAAGUCGGCUGGCUUCACGAGCUGGGAAAGAGACUGGAAUCUCCGUACUAUGGCAACAACACGAUGGGGGGCCCAUCCAUCCGAAGUGCCUACAUUGCUGCCCUGUACUUCACUCUCAGCAGCCUCACCAGCGUUGGAUUUGGGAAUGUGUCUGCUAACACGGAUGCAGAGAAGAUCUUCUCCAUCUGUACAAUGCUGAUUGGAGCUCUGAUGCAUGCCUUGGUGUUUGGAAAUGUGACUGCCAUUAUACAGAGAAUGUACUCCAGGUGGAGUCUGUAUCACACUAGAACCAAGGACCUAAAGGAUUUCAUCCGUGUGCAUCACCUGCCUCAGCAGCUCAAGCAGAGGAUGCUUGAGUACUUUCAGACAACCUGGUCAGUCAACAAUGGAAUAGAUUCAAAUGAGCUUUUGAAAGACUUUCCAGAUGAGCUGCGCUCUGACAUCACAAUGCAUCUAAACAAGGAGAUCUUACAGCUGUCCCUGUUUGAAUGUGCCAGCCGGGGCUGCCUUAGAUCUCUGUCUCUCCACAUCAAAACAUCAUUCUGUGCUCCAGGAGAGUAUCUGCUGCGCCAGGGAGAUGCUCUGCAGGCCAUCUACUUUGUGUGCUCAGGCUCCAUGGAAGUUCUUAAAGACAGCAUGGUAUUGGCUAUUCUAGGGAAGGGGGAUUUAAUUGGAGCAAAUCUAUCAAUUAAAGACCAAGUGAUCAAGACCAAUGCUGACGUGAAGGCUCUGACUUACUGUGAUCUUCAGUGUAUCAUCCUUAAAGGUCUCUUUGAGGUCCUGGGCCUUUACCCUGAGUACGCACACAAAUUUGUAGAAGACAUCCAGCACGACCUCACAUACAACCUUCGAGAAGGUCAUGAGAGCGAUGUAAUAUCAAGAUUAUCAAACAAAUCAGCAGUCUCACAGGCAGAGCCCAAGGGGAAUGGAAGCAUCAACAAGAGACUGCCAGCCAUUGUGGAAGAUGAGGAAGAAGAGGAGGAGGUGGAGGAAGAGGAGACCACCUCCCUCUCUCCUAUAUACACAAGGGGACCCUCUGCUUCACGCCACAAGAAGACUGUAGGCAACAAGAGCUACCUAGGAUUAAGCCUAAAGCAACUAGCCUCAGGGACAGUACCUUUCCACUCACCCAUCAGAGUCUCUGCUGCUAACUCCCCAAAAGCCAAGCAAGAGGCUGAGCCACCUCACCAUGGCCGAAGGAAAGAGAAGAACCUGAGAGUGCAGCUUUGCAGUCUGAAUAGCGCUGGAACCCCAGAGCUCAGUCCAAGGAUUGUUGAUGGAAUUGAAGAUGGUGAUAGCAAUGAGGAAACUCAGACUUUUGACUUUGGCUCUGAACAAAUCAGGCCAGAGCCCAGAAUUUCUCCUCCACUCAGAGACCCGGAGGUCGGAGCCGCUGUUCUGUUCAUCAAGGCUGAGGAAACAAAGCAGCAAAUAAACAAGCUCAACAGUGAGGUAACAACAUUGACUCAGGAGGUCUCGCAACUAGGGAAAGAUAUGAGGAACAUCAUGCAACUUCUAGAAAACAUCUUGUCACCUGAGCAGCCAUCAAGGUUUUGUUCUCUGCAUCCCGCUCCAAUGUGUCCUUCCAGAGAAAGCCUACAGACCAGGGUGAGCUGGAGUGCUCACCAGCCUUGCCUACAUUUUCAGGCAGGUGGAGCGCAGCUUUAUCAUGGUAAUGUCACCUCUGACAUCUGGAGUGUGGAUCCCUCCUCUUUGGGCAGCAGCCCUCAACGAACUGAAGCUCAUGAGCAAAACCCAGCAGACAGAGAACUGCAUCAUUCUCCAAACCUUGAUUAUUCCCCCUCCCACUGCCAGGUUAUCCAGGAAGGUCACUUGCAGUUCCUAAGGUGCAUCUCCCCCCAUUCUGAUACCACACUGACACCUUUGCAGUCCAUCUCAGCCACUCUCUCAUCCUCCAUCUGCUCCUCAUCAGAAACAUCCUUGCACCUGGUUCUCCCAAGUAGAUCAGAAGAGGACAGCACCACCCAUGGACCUGUGAGUUCCUUCAGUUUGGAAAACUUACCAGGCUCUUGGGACCAAGAAGCAAUGAUGUCAGCCUCUACAGAACCCUUGGAGAACUUUCCAGAAGUUGUCACAAGUACAGCAGAUGCAAAGGACAGCAAAGCCAUAAAUGUAUGAUAUCAGCACAUAAGGGCAGCUUCCAAUGCCAAACUGCUGCUGCAUGACAGCUCUAGUCGGCCUCUGGGGCCUCUAGUAGGCAUGGCGCCCAAGCAUUGUUGGGAAUUCUGCAGAAAAGAGGGCAAGGGGCCAGAGAAAGGCAGAUCCACUUCUUUACUGUAGCAAACAAUUUCUAGAUCUUGAAAAGCAUCAACCCUUCUUAUGUACAGGUAUUAACUUACUGGUCUGUUUGGCAGACUUUGGUAACCAUCCAAUGACCCUGAGGGUCUGAGUAGAUAGACACCCCAGACAAAGAGUUUGGGGAUGAGUUUUGUCAUAGUGCAUUUGUGAAGUGCAGCAAAGGUCUUUCCUGAGUGCCUGAUUGUCAUUCCUGAACAAUAUCUAUAGCAUUGUUGGCCUCGGGGGUGCAUGGCUCCCACUGAUCUAUUUUCCUUUUUGUGAAGGUAGAGGGACAAUUAUUACUGCAUGUCAUCUCCUAGACAAUCAGUAAAAUAGAGCUGGUAGCCAGUGGUUAGCUAGCCAUGCGUUAUUUGCCAUGUAAAUGAAAAUGUCUUUAUUUAUUGAAAAAAGAAGCUAUUUUUAUAACGUUGGUAUGAAAUAUGUAUUUAAACUAUUUAUAAAAUAUGAAUGUUUUCUUUUCAUUUUGGUAAAAAAAAGCUUGCUGUUUUAAUAAGAAAUGCACUACUGUUAUGUAUAGUAAAUCAAAAAUUAUUUAUCAUUAGAAGGUUGUAGUUUCUAAAGGAAUCCUCUUUUAUCUGCAUGCAAUUUAGAAAACAGAAAAAAAAGUGAACCCUCACAUUUCUGGGCUACCAAAAUAUGACAGUGGGGUCAUAUUUUAUUAAUGAAAUAAAAACAUGGACUCAGUGUGAACUCCAUGAGGUUUGGCCUGGUAAUGGAGAGGGCUCCUCAUCUCUGCUGACUUGUGCAAUGCUGUGGAGCCAGCAGCAGAUGUAACAGUCCUCUGAGCAGUGUAUUCUGUGGUUUAAGAGCCUAAAAUUUGUGUGUAUAAUAUGUGAUCAUAACCUACACUGAGCCACUUUGGGUUCAAAAUUAUGAAUGUGUCCUACCCUAGUUCCCCAUUUUAGGCAAGGCCAUGGAGCAACAUACAUCUCCAAAUGAGGCCAAGACUUGUGGACUAUGACUGCUGGGCACAGUACCCAUUUAAGACUGCCCAUGAUACUCGAUUAACUUAGGGCAGCAUUGAACCUUUGAAGUUAAAGCUCCCCAUGGGGCUGACAGCUACACAGUAGAUGCCAUGUGUGUGGCAAGAGAAGGGAAACUUGGGAUUACAUGGCUAGGAUGCUCACAGCUAGAACCCAAAAUGUUUCCAGUACUUCACACACACCAACAUGCAAAUUCCAAUGCUAUGUUUGGCAGUGAUGUAAACACAUUCAUUUAAGCUGCAUAUUGUGUUUAAGGACAUUUAGGCCUUCAUCUUCUCCAGUUUCCCAAUUAGUCCAUAUUCUGGAGCUCUUCUGGCCUUAUAUCCACUACAGAGGAUAAACAAUGCAGAAUUUCAUCAUUAAAAAAUAUCAAAACAAGCUGAGGUUUCUGGUGUUGUGAUUUGUACACCCUAACCUGGCUGGAGCAGCAGAACCAGAAAAGAACUCUUAAGGAAACAACACAGGAUUAGGCAACCUACCCAAAGGCUGAGGCAGUCUAUUCUUCAUACUUUCAACCUUUAGUCUUUUCUUAAGUUUGGGGGAAACUGAGGAAAGAGCAACGGUCUAGAUUUCAUGUGUUCAUUUGCAUCCCCCUUUCUUCUUUAUGUUUGACUUAUUUUAAGUGCUACUCAAAGAGAGUUCAUUGAAACAACAGGUUCAUGAAGUUCCACAUGACGAACCAGCAGGACUAUUACUGAUGCCAAGUAAAGAGACUCACAUUCUAUUCUCUGGUAUUGACUGUAUAGCAAGAGAUGUUUGGAAAUUACAUGUAUUAGUCUCUCUCAUAUAACCACCAAAUUAUAGUAAUAGUCAUCAUUGUUCCUAUUUUAAAAAUAAACAAUUGGGAUAUUUUUUUAAAAUUUUCCUCAUCAUAUUGUUUUAAAUUUUAGAACAUAUACACAAAUUGCCACUAAUGAUGCUUCAUAGCCACACACAUCCUUCGCUGCCUUUUAAAAUUCAUAAGUAAUUAACUUUCUUCUAAAUAAAUGAAUAAAUACUUGCUUCUGCUUUUUUACGUAGGUGAUUAAGUAGGAAGUUAGACAGCAUCUUCUCUUCUCUCAGUUGAUUUUAGUGGCUUAAGAACCAGCUGGAUAAAAGCAAACCAAACCUCAGAAAUGGCAGGACUCCCAAGGUCCCUUAUUUGAGAGUGCCUUCCUCUUCAGAACCAACCUCACCUCCACCGUGACACACAAGAUUCUUCCACAUCUGAGGCAGCACUUGAUUGAUCUAGGCGAUGCGAGCCAUGAUGUUGCUAUAGGAGAUGAGAAAUCGUAUCUUUUUCUUGUGUGAGGUUCUCUGAUGGCUACCCAGCAAAGAACAUAGCUGCCCAUCCUCUCAUCACAGAUGCAGUUUGGGAUUCCAGCAUUUCCCCCUCACCCACCGACUGCUGAGGAACAAAUUCCAGAUCCAUAAGGAACAUAAAUAGUUAUUUUCUUUACAAGUUCACUUCCUUAAAAAUACCAUUCAGAAAAAAAAAUUUAAAAAAUGAAAGGGGGCUCCUAAGAACACUUGCUGCUCUUUCAGAUGACCUGAGUUCAAUUACCAUGAUCUAUACCAGGUAGCUCACCUGCAACUCCAGCUCCAAGGAAUACCAUACUCUCUUCCAGCUUCCUCAGGCAUCCACAUGCAUGUACACACACACUUUAAAAAUAAAAUGUAAUAAUAUUAUUUAAAUCUUCUAUAUGUAGUUCUGUUUAAGUAAACCAGGCAGAUUAUGUGAAAUCUGUUUGUUCAAUGUUAAGAGGAAUUUUCUCAUAAUUGAAGCUAAUUAUAAAUACAGCUUGUUAUUAUUACCUUGCUAUUAAUAGGCAAGUGUCCUCUCAAAUAUUGGCUAUUGGACAGAAUGAUACUGUUCUGAAUGUUCUAGACUAUCAGAUGUGAGCUAGUGUGUUUGAAACAUUGAACAUCUGGCUCUAAGCCAGUGCCUAGUCUGAGGAACUUACCACUUGGUGAGCUUCCUGGUGACUAACAUAUAGUAAAAAUUAAAAAUACUGGUCUAAACUCUCCUGAAAUACAAGUUUACAUUUUAUUGAUGUGUAUAUAAAUGGACCAGCAUCUAAAACCCAUAAAAGAGAGCCAUGAGUCUGUAGUCACAUGUUCAUAAGCUUGCUUAACCCCAAAGUUAAGUUAGUCUCCAACUUUCAUUCAAAUCAUGCAUUUCACAGAGGAUCUUAAGAAGGUAGACAUUCAGAACUCUGACUUCAAGAUAUAGUCUGGAUGGUCCUUGCUGCGUGACCUCAGGCAGUUAGUUAUUUGACACCUCUGAGUUUCAGUUUAUUCAUCUAAACUUAGGGCUUACACCACAUCUAACUUGCAGCACCUCAGAGAAUUACAGAAGCAGUUUAAGUGAGAGCCCACUGCCUGGCACGUACAAGGAAUACUAAGCAAAUGCCAAUGUAUCCCCCUGGCCUUCACCUCCAGGUCCUCUCCCACUUCCCUUCCCUUCAUGCUCUCAGUUUCUUCCUCCCCACACUCUUCUACUCUUCCUUACCUCCAGCAGCCUCCGCCCCAGCUCUUUUUUCUCCCCUGACCUUCCUUCUCUUUUCCCUUUCCCUCUGCCCUCCUCCUGUCCUCUCUUAUUCUCUGUUCCUUGUCUUAGGCUAGUGUUUGAAACAUGAGACCAAAACAUGUCUUUUCUUCACAGAUCAGAACACAACUUUCAACACAUCACAAGCCCUUACAGUGCCGGGACCCAGGCCAGCACUCACCUGUAAUAAAGAAAUUUGUAACGGAGGCAACAAAGAUAGAAAAAAAUCUAUAAUACUUGCUCCCAGCCUCUUUAGCCCCAAACCAUGUGGCCUUGGGUUUAUUUGAACAAGCUGUAUUUUGCAAACCUCUUUACAAUUACAUAGACUCAUGGAAUUUACUCAUUAAGAGGAAUGGGUUCCAUAAACACAUGCCAUUUUUUUCUAUUGCUCAUUUUCAAAUUUCUCUUAGGAUAUUUGCUAUUGCUUCGGAGUUCACAGAAGUCAUAUCCACUACCCUAGGCCAUAAAAAAAAAAAAAAACCUGUAUAGAUUAAGAAAGUCCUUAGGAGUUUCUCAGUGGUAAGUGGUUGUGACCCUCAGAGCUGAUGAAACACUCAGCAGUUCACAGGAAAGCCUUCAAAGCUCCCCCUGAAACCCCAGGAAGCCAGUGGGUACCUCCAGAAGGAAUGAGUAAAAUGUCACUCCCUGCAGCUAGUGUCCUGAAAGAACUUGUCCCCUGGGUUCCAUCUUUCAACAGAGCUGAAUAAAUAGCUCUUGAAAGAUGUUAAGGCAGGCCAACAAGGCAGAGACACCCUACAUCCACACCUGUUCUUUCUAGCAAUUAAUAUGCUAUACAUUCUAAAAAGAAAGAAAAAAAGACAGGUAAGCAAAAUAUAGCUUGAAGGUAAAGCAUUUUCCUCUUGGGCUGUUUCCUUCUGGCUUAGGUUUCUCCAUUUGGAGAGAAGAGCCUGGGACUAGAGGGAAUAGAGGGAAUUUUAUGCUAAAGUUGAUUAAGUCUCUAGUCUCUCUCUCUCUCUCUCUCUCUCUCUCUCUCUCUCUCUCUCUCUCUCUCUCCCUAGUUGUCUUGAAAAAGUAAAAUGUGUAUGAUGCAUAUGGGCACAACAAAGAAUAA